AUGAGCGACAAUCCAUAUUUAGCCCACUUGAACGAAGGCAAAAAGAACCCAAAGAAUGAUGCUUUUAAUGGCAUGAUACCACGAAAAACUACAGCUGAACAAGCCGAAAAAUUGGAAAAUGGCACAGUUAACCCGUUCACUGGAAAGAACUAUUCAGCUAAAUACCAAAAGAUUUUGGAAGGACGAAGAAAGUUACCAGUUCAUGCUCAACGUCAGCAAUUUUUGGAAAUGGUCCACAAUAAUCAGUUUGUUGUGCUUGUUGGUGAGACUGGUUCCGGUAAAACUACUCAAAUUCCUCAAUUCUUAGCUUAUGACGAGUUACCUCACCUCAAGGGAAAAAUGAUUGCUUGUACACAGCCUCGUCGUGUCGCUGCUAUGUCUGUUGCUCAGCGUGUGGCUGAUGAAAUGGAUGUACAACUAGGACAAGAAGUCGGUUAUAGUAUUCGUUUCGAAGACAACACUAGUCCCAGUACUUUUUUGAAAUAUAUGACUGAUGGUAUGCUUCUUCGUGAAGCUAUGUCAGACCCUUUGAUGAGCAGAUAUUCCGCAGUUAUUCUUGAUGAAGCUCAUGAACGUACUCUUAACACAGAUAUAUUGAUGGGUCUGCUGAAAGAGGUUUGUAAAAAGAGAAAAGAUUUGCAAGUUAUUGUCAUGUCUGCUACUCUAGAUGCAGGAAAAUUCCAAAAAUACUUUGAUGAUGCGCCAUUAUUGUCUGUUCCUGGUAGAACUUUCCCUGUCGAAAUUUUCUACACAGCAGAACCUGAACGUGAUUAUCUUGAAGCAGCAAUUCGUACCAGUUUGCAAAUUCAUCUAAGCGAACCCGAGGGUGAUAUUUUAGUAUUUUUGACUGGUGAAGAAGAAAUUGAAGCAGCUGUCAGCAAGAUUAAAGCGGAAGGAGAUGAAUUGAUUCGUAGUCAAGGUGCUGGUCCGCUUAAAGUGGUGCCGCUCUACUCUACAUUACCACCACGUGCUCAACAAAUGAUCUUUGACGCUGCUCCUCCACCACGUACACCCGGAGGCACUCCUGGUCGUAAGAUCGUCGUUUCUACUAACAUUGCUGAAACCUCACUUACGAUCGAUGGUAUUGUAUACGUUAUCGAUCCUGGUUUUUCCAAGCAAAAGGUUUAUAACCCUCGUAUCCGUGUCGAGUCUCUUUUGGUAUCUCCUAUUUCCAAAGCUUCUGCUCAACAGCGUGCUGGUCGUGCUGGGCGUACUAGACCCGGUAAAGCUUUCCGUUUAUACACCGAAACUGCUUUCAAUCAAGAAUUGAUUGAAACUACAUACCCCGAAAUUUUAAGAAGCAACUUGGGCAGCGUGGUGCUUCAAUUAAAGAAGCUCGGCAUCGAUGAUCUUGUUCAUUUCGACUUUAUGGACCCUCCAGCUCCGGAAACAUUGAUGCGUGCGUUAGAAUUAUUGAAUUAUCUUGGUGCUCUGGAUGACGAUGGUGAACUCACACCCACCGGUGAACUUAUGUCAGCAUUCCCUCUCGAUCCUCAACUCAGUAAAAUGCUUAUUGAGAGCCCUAAAUUUAAUUGCUCCAACGAAAUCCUUUCGAUUGCAGCCUUACUGUCUGUUCCUCAAAUUUUCAGUCGACCUAAUAAUGCCCGUAAAGCAGCUGACGAGGCGAAAGCACAGUUUGCACACGCUGAUGGCGAUCACCUCACUCUAUUGAAUGCCUAUCAUGCUUUCAAAACCAACUAUGAGGACCCCAAUUGGUGUUAUAAUAAUUUCUUAAAUCACAGAGCACUGAAAUCAGCCGAUAAUGUUAGAAAUCAAUUAAAGCGUACGAUGGAGAAAUACGAUUUGGACCUUGUGUCGACCAAUUUCGAGGACAGAUCCUAUUACACCAAUAUUAGAAAAGCCAUCGUAGCUGGUUAUUUCAUGCAAGUCGCCCAUUUAGAACGUUCAGGACAUUAUUUGACUGUAAAAGAUAACCAGAUUGUACAACUGCAUCCUUCUACUUGCUUGGAUCACAAGCCCGAAUGGGUACUUUACAACGAAUUUGUGUUGACUACACGUAAUUAUAUCAGAACAUGUAUAGAAGUAAGAGCUGAUUGGUUGUUAGAUAUGGCGCCUACUUACUACGAUCUUUCCAAUUUCCCGAACUGUCAUGGUAAACGCCAGCUUGAACAAAUUCGUAACAAAAAACUCAGGGAAAAAGACGAGGACCGUGGUGGCAAGAAGAAGAGAAAAUAUUAA